GGUGUCUCGUUCGGAUUUCCAGGCCAGACCUCAGCUCCGGCGGCAGCAUCAGCCCGGCGCGUCUCGUGCUCCCAGGCGCUGCGCCCCGAGAAGGCGCAGAGCGCGGCCGCCGCCGCUGAACCGGCCGCCGCGCCCCCCGCCCGCGCAGCCCGGGCUAAAAGCGCGGCGCGCGCAGCCCUGUCACCCCCCACCCAAGGCAGCGGCGGCUGCUCGGACCUCGGCUUCUGGGGGUGCGGGGAGCCGGCGGGGGAGCUGUCUGCAUCCCUCGCCCUUCUCGCGGCGGCGGCGGCGGCGCCGGCGGCGGCGCCGGCGGUGGCGGCGGGAGCCUUGGCCGCCGCCUCCUGCGCGCCCUUGCUGCCCCGAGCAGCCUCAGGAUUGCGAACUCGUGCCCCUGACCUAUCGGGCGGGGCUCCGCGCUCCUGCCCUCGGCCCGGAUGGGUCUCCUGGCUGGGACUUGGGGCACCUGGAGUUAAUGUCCAACUGGAGGUCUGCGGAGACCGGAUCCGAGGUGCCGCCGCCGGACGGGACUCUAAGAUGAAGUUAUGGGAUGUCGUGGCUGUCUGCCUGGUGCUGCUCCACACCGCGUCCGCCUUCCCGCUGCCCGCCGGUAAGAGGCCUCCCGAGGCGCCCGCCGAAGACCGCUCCCUCGGCCGCCGCCGCGCGCCCUUCGCGCCGAGCAGUGACUCAAAUAUGCCAGAGGAUUAUCCCGAUCAGUUUGAUGAUGUCAUGGAUUUCAUACAAGCCACCAUUAGAAGACUGAAAAGGUCACCCGAUAAACAAAUGGCCGUGCUUCCUCGCAGAGAGCGGCACCGGCAGGCUGCAGCCGCCAGCCCGGAGAGUUCCCGAGGGAAAGGCCGGCGGGGCCAGAGGGGCCGAAAUCGGGGGUGCGUCUUAACUGCCGUGCAUCUGAAUGUCACUGACUUGGGUUUGGGCUACGAAACCAAGGAGGAACUCAUUUUCAGGUACUGCAGCGGCUCAUGCGAUGCAGCCGAGACAAUGUACGACAAAAUAUUAAAAAACUUGUCCAAAAAUAGAAGGCUGGUGAGUGACAAAGUCGGGCAGGCGUGUUGCAGACCCCUCGCCUUCGAUGACGACCUGUCCUUUUUAGACGAUAACCUGGUUUACCAUAUUCUGAGAAAGCAUUCCGCCAAACGCUGUGGAUGUAUCUGACUCCCGCUCCAGAGACCGCUGUGUAUUGCAUUCCUGCCACAAAGUGCAAAGAAAGGGACCAAGGUUCCCAGAAAAUGUUUGCCCGGAGUGGAAGAUAAGGACCAAGGAGUCGAGGAGGAGGCAGGCAGCCGUUGUGGGAGCCUGGCAGAGGGAGAUCCAGCGACAGAAAACUGGGCGGGAGAGAGAGGAAACAGCUGUCUGCAUUCUCCCAGAUGGCGGCCAGCGUCACCAGAAGCUCAGGGCUGGUGUCCCUGCUUGGGUGUUGCCAUCGUUUCAUCCGAUACAGUCCACCGUCGCCGGUCACGGGUACAGUUGCGGAUGCACUUGAAACCAAACCAGCGUAUCUCCUGUGGUUUGUUUUCACAUGUCUGGAGACACCAGGGAAAUGGUCCUCCUGGUGUCAUUCCCUGUCAUUACGUUUUACUGCUGAAAGCAAGAAAGGUUUAUUUUUCUGUCACUCAGUGGAGACAUACACCGGCAAGGAGGAGAAAAAAAAGCAAAGACACACACGAGAGGUAGUAACCUUUGCUUUUGAAGGUUCAGGCCUGAGGUUUACUCCAGCCAGCGUUUUGGGGAACAGUGGGUGAUUGAUUUCAAACAUGGUGUGUGAGGUGGGAAGAGGUUGGCUAGGAACCAGAAAGGCUGUCCUCAUGACUAAAACCAAACCUGAAGGUAUUUCCUUUCUGUCCUUGGAAACAGGAAACCAGUUGCGGUUUUCGGCAGCAUUCUUGCAGGAGAGCGUUCGGGGAAGGCCCCCAGCUGCACUGGGGCGGGGAGGCCGCCGGGCUUUCGGUUUACAGAGAGACAGAUGUUACAUACACCCCAGCUCCGUUAUGCGUGGUCACCAGUGACCAGAGAAGCUACUCGAUGCAAUGCAUCUGUUUCAGAUACAGAAGUAUAGAGAAAAUAUUUAUUGAGAUUUAAGUUAUUGUUAUUUAUUACCGUUCACUAAUGAGUUUCUCUUUUUUCCCUUAUUUAUUAAAGUUUCUUUUCAAAGGUGCCAAAGUAUAUGUGCUCGCAAAAUGCAAAAGAAGGUGACAAAGGAAAUUUUAAUUGGGAACAAGGGUCCAUGCUUUUCAAAGUAUUAAAAAGUUUUUCGCUAGGCAAAAAAUCACUUACUUUACCUUUUUUAAGAAGAGCUCUCGUGUGAUUCCCCCAGAUCUCAGCGUCUUACCUGUUGUUUUCAUUAGAGAAGAAACGUGUCAGAAGGAACAUUUCUGACCGGCUCCCUUUUCGGGAGCAGGACACAGAGACCGGGGCACUCGGCUUCAUUUCUUCACGGUUCUGUCUCCCAGCAGAUAGGCUGUGUGCUCCAUUCCCUGUUGUAUUUAAGCUCUCACUCCCCUCCACGUGUAUCUGUCUAUCAUGUGCAUAACCAUAUAUAUCAAAGGUUAAAGUCCCCUUAGUAGGUAGUCCUGGAUUCAAUGCAGACCUCGAAGUAACAAUCCUGUCAGGUAGCCAGGGUUCUGCCCUGAUUGUGGAGACUCUUCCUCUAUCCUUCCAUCCACCACCUGCCUGAGAAACAUGCUCGGCCCCAGUGCAGCCAAGGAGUGCCCCAGGCCUCCCGGAAGUGGGGUCAGCCAGUUGCCAAAAAAGCCACCAGUCGCUGCCCCUCCCUCGGAAGAAGGUGCCCCGGAAGGGUGGGCAAGCAAGACGGGCCCGGGCCAGCCUCAGCACACAUGCCCUGCCACCUGGAUGCUGAAAGCCUUGGACGGGGUGGAGGUGGAGGGUGAGAACAACCCUCUCCUAAGCGCCCCAGAUCAUGGAUUCGUCUGGCAGCUGACCCAUGCUCCAUGCACUGAGCCCUACCAUAGAGCUUGUUACACAUCUCAUAAAAGGGAUUUUUAUCAGAUCAUCCAUCACUAUUAGCCCCAAACUAUGACAGAUUUAGCCGUUAAAUAGCCUACUGGCCUCCCUCAAAUAAUCAUGUUCAUUUUACAAAGUAACCAAGAAGCAGCAGUUACCAGACAUCCCUUCCCCCGCCCCGCCCCCAAAGACCCGAGCUGUCCAUCGUUCUGCACCCUCUGUCCUUUCAGUUCCCCGUACACGACUCGGAAAUAGAGGAAAAGGGCCUCCCUUCUGUCCUUUCUUGGGGCCCAAGCAGGGACCUUGCUGGGGAGCAGCCUGCUCAAAACAGGGACAGACCCAGCCGACCAGUCAUUCACGAAGCACAGUUCAAUGCAGCCCCAGGAUCCUCUGUCCGAUUCAGAGAGUCCUGGCUGACCUGGUGGCUGGUGUCCCCAGGGGUCAGCCCCAGCCCCAGCUCCCCGUGGAGAGUCUCUGCCCACAGGGGCCGUGGGAUUCAACGGGUGCUGACAGCUUGUUCCCAGCAUCAGCUACACACCAUAAGCAGGUUUUAACUGAAGCAAAUCGCUCCACCAAAUACACAAAAGGGUAAAGUUUGUGAUUUUUCUCUAUCAUCGCGAUUACCAUCUGAUCCAGUAAGGAGUGCACUUCUUUGGAAGUUUUGACUUCUCUGAUCUGUCUCGGUCGUUUGUGUUAUACAACCAAAGUUCUCUACAGACUUUAUUUUUGUACAAUAUUAUUUUGUAACUUUUUACAAAUAAAAACUCAUUUCUAUU